AUGGACGGGGACGCGCCCGCCUCCGCCGUGCUCAAGAAGGGCCACGGCGUGCCCGACGCGGAGGCAGCAGCCGGGGGCGGAGACGGCGCCGGCAGCAAGGAGGACGGCGGCGGCGGCGGUGGCGGCGGCUGCUGCUCGUGUUGCUGCUGUUGCUGCUGCUGCAAGCCACGAGCAGGGGCCGAGGCGAGCAGCGAAGGCAGCGCAGGCUGGUGGCGGCCCACAAUGCUGCUGCUGCUGUUGGUGCUGCUGCUCGUCAUCUUCGUCCUCAUCUCGGGCAUCCUGCUCUACUACAACUAUAUCACCUACAGACCCAGACUACCACUGACAGAUGAUUUCAGCUACGAUAUACCUCCAAUUCCUACAGAAGAGCCAUGCGAGGAGGCGCCUUGCUGGUGGGGCGCGGAGUGUGAGUCGGUGGAGGGCCGCCCCCUCUGCCGGUGCCUCGAAGACUGCCCGCCGCCGCCCCCCGCCGCCGCCCCCGACGCCGCCGCCGACGCCGUCGUCUGCGGCAGCGAUGGCGCCACGUACGCCAGCGAGUGCCACCUGCGCGCCAAGGCGUGCGCCAACCGCGACGAGACGCGCGUCAGCCACCCCGGCCCUUGCGGGACGUCGACGGAGGCGACGGGGCCGCCGGACCCCUGCUCGUCGCUGUCGUGCGGCGAGGGCGAGGAGUGCGUGGUGUCUGCGGAGGGCGCGGCGUCGUGCCGCUGCCGCGAGAGCACGUGCUCGCCCGAGCUGGCGCCCGUCUGCGCCUCGGACGGGAAGACGUACUCCAACGAGUGCGCGCUGCGGCGCGAGGCCUGCCGCACGCACCGCGCCGUGCGCCUGCUGCACCACGGCGCCUGCAACCUCGACGUGUGCGACGGCUGGGAGUGCAGCCACUACGCCAUCUGCGAGAGCGACGGGCGCGGCGGCGCGCACUGCGCAUGCGUCGAGGAGUGUGCCGACACGGAGAGUCCAGUGUGCGGCUCGGAUGGCGUCACCUACAAGAACAUCUGUGAGUUGCAGAAGUACUCGUGCCUGGAAGAGACGGCGAUCUCUAUUGUGAAGGAACAGCCUUGUGAUGACUGCGAGGGCGACCUGUGCUCCGCGCAGUGUGAGCAGGCGUGCCCCCUGCCCGGCCCAGAGGACGCGGUGUGCUGGUCCGGACGUACCUACCCCAGCUCCUGCCACGCGCGCCGCGACGCCUGCCUUGCGGGCGUCGACGUCAGCGCCGUUACCGCCGGCGCCUGUCCUGACACCAGCAGCAGUGCAGGCCUCCAAGCUACGACCGGGGGCACGGUGUCGCCUUCGGAGGAGGGCGAGUGGCCGUACCCGGAGGCGACGUGCGAGGAGACGACGUGCGAGCUGGGCGCGACGUGCGAGCAGCCGGCGGGCGGCGGGCCCGCGGUGUGCGCCUGCCGCUUCGACUGCGCCGCGGCGCCGCGCGACGGCCCGCUCUGCGCCUCCGACCUGCGCGUCUACCCCUCGACGUGCGCGCUGCGCGCCGAGGCGUGCCACGCGCGCCGCGAGCUGCGCCUGCGGCCCAUGGAACUCUGCCAAGGUGUGUCCCUGCCCGCCGGCUCCUCUGCGGUCCGCGUCCCCCGCCCACACGCGCCACCACGCGGCCCUAAGCCACCUGACGAACGCUACAGCGUCUCAUUAUCCUCACCACUAGCAGGGUCCGGGAUGGGAUGGCUGAAGGUGCGGCCGUGCGGCGGGGAACCCCCGCUGGUGCACCCCGGCACGGGCCGGCAGUACGACUGCGGCAGCGGGCCCGCGCGCCAGGACUGCCCUGCGGGCAGCUACUGCCACCAGACCGCGCACUUCGCCCGCUGCUGCAUCAAGACCGAUAAGGCCUUGUCCGAGAUAGCGCCCUCGUGCGAAACGUCUACGUACGGAUGCUGCCCAGACGGGAAGACGCCGGCUGGUGGCCCUGCUUACGCCGAAUGUCCGUCUUUCUGCGGCUGCAACAAACUCGGUGCACUUUCUGACUCCUGCGACCCACUAACCAAGCAGUGCAUCUGCAAACCAGGUGUCGGAGGCCUGAAGUGCGAUCGCUGUGAAUCGGGCUACUGGGGUCUUCCAAAAAUAACGGAAGGAUAUAACGGAUGUACCCCAUGUGAUUGCUCUGUCUAUGGCUCUGUAAGAGAAGACUGUGAACAAAUGACGGGUCGUUGCAUGUGUAAAGCUGGUGUGCAGGGACAGAAGUGUACCAUCUGCACGGGACUUAAUAUGAUUCUCAGCUCCUCAGGCUGUACUGAAGCAGAUGAUGUGAUGGACAACUUUGAGAACUUGAAGUCAGGAAAACGAGCUGUAAUGGACAUAUUGCAGAUGAUAAGGGGACAAGCCUGAAUUCCAUGUAUUCCAUUUAGAGAAAUAUAAUUAAAAAGAGAGGCUGGUUGCAAAGACAGAAUUUAAUUGGACAGCAACUGGGAAACUUGCAGUGCAGUUUAGAAGUUUUUGGUGAAUCAGUUGUUGGGACAGAAUGAGAGUCUGCCUGAUUACUGUGAUACAUUAUAAUUUCACAAUCCUUCCUAACAAUGAAAUGUUUUUUGUUAUUAUGUAUUUUUGCAACAAAUGAUAUAAUAAUAAAAAUAUAAUCACUAUUA